UUGACUAGCGGCGAGUCCAGGGUAACCCUCCGGGUAAAUGAAUUUCAUGAGGGCGGAGCGCAGGCUUAUGGGUGGAGCUCGUAUCAGGUCCGUCCCUCCGUGCUCCAUCCAGCAUCCCUGUAUCGACGUGCUUCACGCGGAUCAUAUCUUCAUAUAUUCGGUGAAAACGCAAGAGCACAUCAAUACUUCAUUCGUGUAUCGAUCCCAGAUCUGCGUGAUGUUCUUGUUAGAAAGAUUUUACGAUGUAGACAUCGCAGCAAGUGCUCUAGAUAGAUGUGGAAUAAUAGAGACAGCUGCAAGAUGUAGCUCGUUAUCUUUCAACGCACGUGUAUCUGUGUAUGCAAAAAGAACAAAUUUGUCUCUAUCCUCUUCCUGCUUCGACUCAUUGCCAUGUGUUUCGAAGAUGCUUCCUGCAUCGCAUAACGAAUGAUUAGACCAGGUCCCACGCAGAUUGGCUCGUAAUGGCGCUCGAAUGAACAUCAAGAA